AACUACUACCCCUCUAUUCCCCCACCACUCAACAUCAAGCAAUCAUGUCGUCUGGUGGAGAGACUUUCGGCUUUGCCGCCGACAUCAGCCAGCUGCUGGACUUGAUCAUCAACACCUUCUACAGCAACAAGGAGAUUUUCCUUCGUGAGCUUAUCUCGAACGCCUCGGAUGCGCUCGACAAGGUCAGGUAUGGUGCCCUUACCGACCCCUCGAUUCUCGAGACGGAGAAGGACCUCUACAUCCGCAUCACGCCCGACAAGGAGAACAAGGUCCUCUCUAUCCGAGACACGGGCGUGGGCAUGACCAAGGCUGACCUGGUCAACAACAUUGGCACAAUCGCCAAGUCGGGCACCAAGGCCUUCAUGGAGGCUCUCUCUUCGGGUGCCGACAUCAGCAUGAUUGGCCAGUUCGGCGUCGGCUUCUACUCUGCCUACCUCGUCGCCGACAAGGUUACGCUCAUCACCAAGCACAACGACGACGAGCAGUACAUCUGGGAGUCCGCUGCCGGAGGCACUUUCACCAUCACACCUGACACCGUCAACCCGCCCAUCACCCGAGGCACGGAGCUGCGGCUGUACCUCAAGGAGGACCAGCUCGACUACCUCGAGGAGAAGCGGAUCAAGGAGAUUGUCAAGAAGCACUCCGAGUUCAUUUCUUACCCCAUCCAGCUCGUCACCACCAAGGAAGUCGAGAAGGAAGUCGAGGAGGAGGAGACGCACGACGAGGACAAGAAGAUUGAGGAGGUCGAGGACGAGGAUGGGAACAAGAAGGAGAAGAAGAAGGUCAAGUCGCUCGAGACUUCCAACGAAGAGCUCAACAAGACCAAGCCCAUUUGGACGCGUGACCCUAAGAACAUCACUCAGGAGGAGUACGCCAGCUUCUACAAGAGCCUCACCAACGACUGGGAGGACCACCUUGCCGUCAAGCACUUCAGCGUCGAGGGUCAGCUCGAGUUCAAGGCUUUGCUCUACAUUCCCAAGCGAGCACCGUUCGACCUCUUUGAGACCAAGAAGAAGCGCAGCAGCAUUAAGCUCUACGUCCGACGAGUCUUCAUCUCUGACGACGCCGAGGAGAUCAUCCCCGAGUACCUCAACUUCAUCAAAGGUGUUGUCGACUCGGAGGAUCUUCCUCUCAACAUCUCGCGUGAGACGCUGCAGCAGAACAAGAUUCUCAAGGUCAUCCGCAAGAACGUCGUCAAGCGGUCGCUCGAGCUCAUUUCGGAGAUUGCCGAGGACAAGGAGAACUACGCCAAGUUCUGGGAGGCAUUUGGCAAGAACCUCAAGCUCGGAAUUCACGAGGACUCUGCCAACCGCAGCAAGCUCGCCGAGUUCCUCCGAUUCCCCUCGACCAAGAGCGGCGAUGAACUGACGAGCCUCGACGACUACGUUACGCGCAUGCCCGAGGUCCAGAAGAACAUCUACUACCUCACUGGCGAGAGCAUGGCUUCGGUCAAGGACUCGCCCUUCCUCGAGCAGCUUAAGAAGAAGAACUUCGAGGUUCUUCUCAUGGUGGACCCCAUCGAUGAGUACGCAUGCCAGGCUCUCAAGGACUUCAAGGACAAGAAGCUCGUCUGCGUCACCAAGGAAGGCCUCGAGCUCGAGGAGACCGAAGAGGAGAAGAAGGCCCGCGAGGAAGAGGCCAAGAAGUUCGAGGAGCUCUGCUCGGCCAUGAAGGAGAUCCUCGGCGAGCGAGUCGAGAAGGUUGUUGUCUCGAACCGAAUCGUUGGCUCGCCUUGCGUCAUUGUCACGGGCCAGUACUCGUGGUCUGCCAACCUGGAGCGAAUCAUGAAGGCACAGGCACUGCGAGACAGCUCCAUGUCGCAGUACAUGGCCUCGAAGAAGACCCUCGAGAUCAACCCCGCCAACGCCAUUGUCAAGGAGCUUGGCCGGAAAGUGUCGCAGGACAAGAACGACUCGACGCUCAAGGACCUCGUCAACCUGCUCUUCGACACCUCGCUCCUCACCGGUGGCUUCACCCUCGAGAACCCAUCGGACUUUGCCGGCCGUCUUUACAAGCUCAUCUCGCUCGGUCUCUCGAUCGAGGACGAGCCCAUUGCAGAGGUUUCGGCUGCCGACGACGACAAGGCCGAGGCCAGCGGUGCGGGCGAGUCGCAGAUGGAGGCCAUUGACUAGAUAGAUGCUCGGUUCCGGUUCUAGCUUGAGUCUUUUCUCUGUCGAUGCUACAUAAAAAGAUGAUGU